CCCAUCGCUGCCUCCCCUCAUCUACCUCACUAGCCAUUGCUGCCGUCCGCCCCCUCCUGUCUCUGGAAGGUUUUGUAUAAACUGUUUACAAACCAUGACUCUCCAUGUUCCAUACGUAAGCUGAUAAAGCAUCUAUGCACUUUAUUCUCCUAUCUCUGCCAGUUUGCUAGUAUAAGUGUGAGCCCGUGUCUUGAAUUUUUGGAUACAAAGACUUACUAGCCAAAGUCUCAUUCUUGCCUUAGUAAUGUUCCAGAGGCUGAAUAAUAUGUUUGUGGGAGAGAUCAAUAACUUGUCCAGCCAAGAGCCAGAGUUCAGUGAAAAAGAAGAUGAUGAAUGGAUUCUGGUUGACUUUAUAGACACUUGCACUAACUUUUCAACAGAAGAAGCAGACAUCAGUGAAACAUCAGCUGCUGACCACUCCCCAGUCUUUUCUUGUUUACCGACUUCCUUAGAGUGUUUGGCUGAUGCCAGCGAGUCUUGCUUCAUCCAGUUUGACUCAUGUCCCAUGGAGGAGAGCUGGUUUAUUACCCCUCCCCCAUGUUUUACUGCAGGUGGAUUAACCACUAUCAAGGUGGAAACCAGUCCUAUGGAGAACCUUCUAAUUGAACAUCCCAGCAUGUCUGUAUAUGCUGUCCAUAAUACCUGUCACAGUCUAAAUGAGACUAGCUGUGGAGAUGAGGAGUUUCAUAAUCCAAGUAGUCCAAGAAUGGAAGCACGAAAUGAAAUGGGGCAGCAUAUUCAUUGCUACGUUGCCACUCUUGCUGCUCACUCAAGUUUUCUGGAACAAACCAAGAGUUUUCGUCCGACCCAGUGGGUAAAAGAACAUAAUGAAAGACACCAUCUCAACAGAAACAGUCUCCGUCGCCAAAAUCUUACCAGGGAUUGCCACUCUCGGCAAAUCAAGCACAAUGGAUUGUUUGUUCACCAGCCUUGCCAGCGUCAGUACAAUUACUGAAGGCUUUUGAGGUUUUAAUCCUAUCGGUUAAUUGUUCUUAGCUUGCUCUUGUUUUAAUGUAUAGAUAAUGAAGGUGUGAUCAAUCAUUUGAAUACAAUCGUGACUAGUGUUAUAUUAGUUUGAAACCACAUUUACAUAUAGUGUAUCACAAAAUGCCUCGCUAUAGGUCCUAAAUGGUUAUCUUAAAUAUUUCAGUGUUUUGGAAAUGUGUGUGAGUGUGGUUUUUAACUUUACUACGACGUUUGGAUGGGUUUUUAAAGAAAAUUCUAACAAAGAUGGAACAUGCAUUCUUCAGUCGUAUG